CUAAGAGCUGUAGGCCAACGUCGGGCUUGUGUGUGUGGCCAGACUACCAGACUGCCAGCCAUUUAUCUCGCCCACUCUCAACUCCGGCAAUUGAGAGAGGGUGAGGUGGUUUGGAAGGGGGUCCUGGUGUCGUGACACGCACUGGUGGCUCUGACAGGUCAUCUUCGCUCCGUGGCUGGUGGUGUCUCGAGAAAUGGUCAUGCAACUUUAGUGACCAUCGCUCCUGCCAUUUAAAACAACACAGACGCGAUACAUCAUCUCGUUUCUAUUCAGUAAUCUUUCACAGUCGCGUUGUUACCUAUGGACGCAGUAGUGCCUCAGCUUUUAAACCUUGAAGCAUCAAAAAUUCUCAGUGGAAUCAAGCAUAUCGGAGAAACGAUCGGGAUGGAGAACUUUGCCGCCAAUUUCCAAGCCCUUACACGGGGCCGCGACUCGACCCGCGCAUGCAAACCCGAGACAGGCCUCGGAGGCGUUCGCAGGUGGUUCCCGAGGCGUGACUGGCGGCGUCUGGUGGUUGGUGUCGUUUGGGGGGGUUGAAUUACUCGAUUGGGGAUUGAGGCCGGAUGAUGGCUGGUGAACAGGAGGGGCACGCAUGGAGGAUGGGGUGCUGGGGCACGCAUGGAGGAUGGGGUGCUGGGUCAUUCAUUCAUGAUGGGGAGGGUGGCGGUGAGACAUCGUGGCCGUUUGGCUUCUUACAACAACUUCAACUUUGCGACGACCGUGAGUAUCGCAUUGGAAGAGGUAGUUUAACGGCCACACUAUCUGGUAUCGAUAUCCAACAUCCCAUACCCACCCUCAAAAAAAUAUCUUCAAUCCUUUCUCAAAUAACUUUUCUUGACCGCUCCUGCAAUCUCAUAGUAAACAACCCCUUCAAAUCCCCAUCCCUCCACACCACCCAUAAAUCAAACCCACACCAGCUCUCCCCAGCCUCGCCGCGCGCGGCCCCGCUGUGGGCCAAUGCGAUGCCCUCCGCCCUUGUACCUCCCGCCAGGACUCACGCAUAGAUGUGUCGGCCUCCCAACUUAGCGCUUGCUCACCGCUACGUUAAUCUCGGCCUGCAUCUGCACUAUCGAGCCCUUUUCAUCCACACCCCUUCCCUUUCUCAGCCGUAAGGCCCUUCCUCGCAUCAUCCAGGCCCAUCAGAGGUCGAUGAAGCUUGCCUAAUACGAAUUUUUCCCCAGCAGCACAGAGUUUUCUUCGGGGUUGGACACUAACAGUGUCCAGAGGGAAGACGCGAUUCUUACGUGUUGCCGAGGGGGGGCCAAGAGCGUUUAUGGAUCGAUGCACGUGGGAGGGACGCGUUCACCGCUCAAUUGGGCAUGGAGGUGAGAGCUGAGCUGUCGUUUCUGGUGCCAUGUUGGUAAACGGCACGGAUCGUAACGGGGAGGAGUGGAGGGGGAGGUUGGGGGAGUGAAGAGUUUUCAAGGGAGGAUUGUUGGCGCUUCAUUUCUGCUGCUUUCGGGUCUGACCGCCGCCAUGGUG